AUGGCUCUGUUUUACGAUGAUAUUUUACCCUCAUCUAAUGAUGAUGAAAUGCUUAACCACGUUCAGAGAAGGCCCCAAAUAUUCAGAGAACGAGUGAAUUAUUUCGAAACCAUGGAUGAUUUGGAUUUUUUUACUCGAUUUCGCUUAACAGAGAUUACUGUUGAAACUUUGCUGAUCCAAAUAGAAGAAAGUUUGAUACAUGCUACAGAAAGAAACAACGCUAUUCCACCUAGGAUACAGCUCCUACUUGCUCUACGGUACUACGCAACUGGUUGGCACCUUAUUGCUGCUGGGGACUUCUCUGGAGUUAGCAAAACUAGCGCUCAUAGAAUUGUUCACCGAGUGACUGCUGCUAUUGCUGGACUGACUCGAGAAGACAUUAAAAUACCUUCCACAGAAGCAAAAGUUACUGCUGCUCAAUUAGAUUUCUACGCAAUAGCACGUUUCCCUAAAUUUAUUUCGGCAUUAGAUUGCACGCACGUUCAAGUGCAGUCAUUUGGUGAGGACGAUGCUGAAGUGUUUAGAAUUCGAAAAGGAUAUUUCUCCAUAAACGUUCAAGCCAAAUGUAAUAGUGGCAUGAAAUUCACCAGUAUUGUGGCACGUUGGCCAGAAGCAGUUCAUGGUUCCACUAUUUUUCGAAAUUCUAGGCUAUGCGCUCGAUUGGAAGCUGGUGAGUUCAGGGACGCUUUUAUAUUGGGAGAUGGAGGGUAUGCGUUAAAAAAUUACCUUAUAACACCAUUAAACAACCCUGUAACUGAAGCCGAAAGGUUAUUUAAUGAAUCUCAAAUUAGAACUCGUAAUAAAAUCGAAUGUACGUUUGGUAUAUGGAAGCGCAGAUUUCCGUGUUUAGCGACACGAAUGCGCUUCAAAGUUGAUCAUGUGCUUCCUGUGAUAGUAGCAACUGCGGUGUUGCAUAAUAAAGCCCGUCUUGCUACAGAGGAUCUGCCCCCCGACGAGCCUAGACUAAAUGGUCAUUGGGACGAAGUUUUAAACGAGGAUCUUCAUAAUCGUGGUAACUUGCCUGUCGACGAUGGAAAUGCACGUCGAAACAUUAUUGCCCAUUUUCAAAGUUUGAUUGAUCAACAAUAA